AUAAAUGAAAGAAGUAGCUGAGGUAAUGCCCCAUUGCAUUUCCUUAGAGGGUAGCUUUGCCUAGUCCUCAAAAGCCCUUCUCUUUUCUCUUUCUUUCCUUUGUUUCUUCACUUGCAAUUGCAUACGUUCCUUUCGCUGUACUUUUUGACACAUUGAUUAGAGGAAGGAACAGGUUUGAGAGAAUGAGUUCAUCCUUAGGUCAGAGCAGUGGCUAUGAUCUCUCUUUCAAGAUCUUGUUGAUUGGAGAUUCUGGGGUGGGAAAAAGUAGCCUACUUGUCAGCUUCAUUUCAAGUGCUGUUGAAGAUCUUUCCCCCACCAUUGGUGUUGAUUUUAAGAUCAAAAUGCUCACAGUGGGUGGCAAGAGAGUCAAAUUAACGAUUUGGGAUACUGCUGGGCAAGAAAGGUUCAGAACUCUAACCAGUUCUUACUAUAGAGGAACUCAAGGAAUCAUUCUCGUUUAUGACGUCACAAAGAGAGAAACCUUUACAAACUUAUCAGAAGUGUGGUCUAAGGAAGUGAAACUCUACUCAACUAACCAGGAUUGCGUGAAGAUGCUUGUUGGAAAUAAAGUUGAUAGAGAUUGUGAAAGGGCUGUGAGCAGAGAAGAGGGUUUAGCCCUUGCCAAAGAAUUGGGGUGUUUGCUUCUUGAAUGUAGUGCUAAAACUCGAGAAAAUGUGGAGCAGUGCUUCAAAGAACUUGCUCUGAAGAUAAUGGAAGCUCCUAGUCUUUUGGAAGAAGGAUCAACAGCAGUUAAAAGGAAUGUUUUAAAACAGAAACAAGAACCCCAAGCAUCGCAAAAUGGUGGUUGUUGCUCUUAAGAUGAAACAUCGUGGACAUAUUGAGUAUUAACUAGCACAUCUUGGGCAAAUCUUGUAUAUGUAAGCUUUUCUAGUUUUUUACUGCUGCCAUUGUCUUUUCUUUUGAUUGCUUAAUUAUUUGUAUUACCUCAACGGGGAAAUUGGCAACA